CCAACGACUCAACAUCAAUUUUCUAAAAUUGUCUUAGUUUUGAAGUGAAAGCAUAGAAAGUUUAUAAAAAUGAAGAACCUCAUCAGAGAGGCGGUAAUAAUUGCCUCAUUCGGUUUGGCAUAUUGUCUGUCGUGCAUUGCCAUCGAAUGCAGUAAUUUGUAUAUUAAACUUAGCUGGGAUUUGCCCGAAGAUCGACGCAGUUUUUAUAUUAAGCAAAUUUCUACGAAUUUAGCAAAGUAUGUUGGCGGCGUUUUGGUUUGCAUUUUACUCAUUUGGGCUGUCAAAAAGAAGCGCCAUUUCGCCAUUAUUCCAGCUAUGUUAUGUGCAUUGAGUGCCUUGGGUUUCACCGUAUUCAUGAUGGGUUACAAUUUGGCAUUGCUGCCUUUCGGCCAUUUUGAUCAUAUAGAAGCGUUCGUACCAUAUUUGGGAGUCGAAGUACUUUUAUUUUAUAUUUUGGCUACUUUGUUCGGUGCAAUCAGGCGUGAAAAAUUCGAACUGCUGAAGCAAGAAAAUCCGCAAAAUCCAAACUAUUAUGAAGCCAUAUAAACCAUAGGGGUUGUAACUUUUAUUUAUUUUACUUUUUUACUAAAUUUCCUUUAA